GAAUCCCCUUUUUAUAUUUUAUUCAUGUCAUCAGAACCUUGUCAAAAGAGCAUCUUACAGAAAGACCAUGCACAAGAACAAAAACCUCACAAGAUCAAAUGGGACGAGAAUAAACUAAAGCAAAACGAAAAGCAACAACGCGAACAAGUGUUUAUGAAAGUUGAUGAACCAAAAACACCCUUUGUUCGCUAUGACACUAACUUGGAUAAAGUGCUAAAUCCAGAAGAACUGCCUGGAGAUCUUUUAGGUGCUACUGAAGAGCCAGAAGAAUUUAGUCUGGACGACAGCGUAACACAAAAACCAGUGAAUGUAGGAUUCGCAGAACCAGAAGAAUGGAAAAAGAUAGACCAACAAGAAAAAGAAGAGAAAGAACGAAAACGUCAUGAAGCAUUUGAGAAAAAGAGAGCUCAACAUUAUUAUCGUGAUGGAGAUGUAUUUCAUUAAAUA